GCCAUCAGAGCAGCACCUUGCGUUGCCUAUCAUCCGCCCCCCGGGUUUGACUAAAAGCCUAAGUACUUGGAGACGAUCUCAGGAGCACAGAGGACAAGCGCAAGAGACAGCAGCUACACCAUCAUCGACGCCCAACAUGAGCAAUGAGCUUACGUUCCUAGUCGCUUUCGCGACCGUCUUCGGCGCUUCAGAAGCGAUCAAGCAUAUCCAGUCGGACGCGAGAAGAAAGGAGCACAGGAGCCGGAAGAAUAACCUGAUCGUCCGGUGCCUCAAGUCAUGCGAAUACAGCCCCUACCUUGAAGGUAGACGUGUUGUACUAUCGGGCGAGAAGCUAUACAUCGACACAGGGACCCACCAUGCGGCGGAAUUUGGACAUCCCUUUGCAGGGUACUAUCUACCUUACCCAGACUCCAAGGCCUCCGGGCUCGUUUCAACGAUAAGUGACGAGCCCCCCGUCAUGAACUGGAUCUAUGUGGAUCGAUGGAGCUAUGAGCUGAAGUUCGGCAAUCGCUCAUGGGCAGAUGACAACUUCCCCAUCCCCUGGGACUGCUCGCGUCAGGAUCGCAGAUUGACAUUCGGUGGCUGGGAAGGAUUCUUGGCCGUCAAGGAGGGCAACUUCUGGGGCUUGUACUUUGACGUUGACGGCGACGGCCUGAAAUCCAAGGUGGAAGAGGGGACACCCGUGCUCGAGAUCGAGCUACUGCGGGUAGAGAUGCGUCUCCCCAAACCGUUGCCGCCGCCUCCGCCUGAGAUCAAGGAUAAGGAGGAGAAAGCUGAGGAUGGCACGGCAGAUGCGAACGCAGCUCAAGGUGGUGAUGGAGCCAACGGCGAGGCCAAUGGGCAAGCUGAACAGCAGACAGGCCAGCAAGCAGGGCAGCAGGAGCAGCCGCAGCCGCAGCCGCAGCAGCAACUAGAGCAGCAGCCAGAAAAGCAGCCGGGAGAGGCAGGCCAAGACAAGGCGAACGGUUCGACAUACCCAAAAGGGACAUAUGUGAAGCCAACUGUGGAAGAGGAGGAGGAGCCACUGGAGUCGCCCGCAGUAGAUUGAUUGGUGUACUUACUGUAGGUAUUAUCCCGGGAAUUAUGGCAGAGUGUACCUUGUCUAAGUAGUGUCUGUAUACUAUAGAUGGCCGAGCACUACAUUGCACUAACGGUAGUGUAGUCGAUGCUAAGGCCAAUAUG